AUGGCUGACGUUCUGCCCAAGCUCUUCCAACACAUUGACAAUCACCAGGAACUCUAUGUGCAGAGACUGGCAGAAUGGGUUGCUAUCCAGAGUGUGUCAGCCUGGCCCGAAAAAAGAGGGGAAAUCAAGAAGAUGAUGGAGGUGGCUGCCAAAGAAAUUGAGCGCUUGGGUGGCAGCACAGAGCUGGUGGACAUCGGAAAACAAAAGCUCCCUGAUGGUUCAGAGAUCCCUCUUCCUCCCAUUAUUCUGGGUAAACUGGGUUCAGAUCCACUUAAGAAAAUGGUGUGUGUUUAUGGUCACCUGGAUGUCCAGCCAGCAGCUCUGGAAGAUGGGUGGGACAGCGAGCCCUUUGUUCUGGAAGAAAGAGAGGGUAAACUCUAUGGGAGAGGCUCUACAGAUGACAAAGGUCCAGUGCUUGCUUGGCUUAAUUGCAUUGAAGCUUAUCAGCAAACAAAGCAGGAGCUUCCAGUGAACCUGAAAUUCUGCUUUGAGGGAAUGGAAGAGUCUGGAUCUGAAGGCCUAGACGAUUUGAUUAUUUCCAAAAAAGACACUUUUUUCAAAGAUGUGGACUAUGUUUGCAUUUCUGACAACUACUGGCUUGGCAAAAACAAGCCAUGCAUUACGUAUGGACUGCGUGGUAUUUGCUACUUUUUUAUUGAGGUUGAAUGUAGCAACAAGGAUCUUCACUCGGGGGUCUAUGGAGGCUCUGUGCAUGAGGCAAUGACUGACCUAAUUUUUCUAAUGGGAAGCUUAAUGGACAAGAAAGGUAAAAUCCUUAUCCCUGGAAUAAAUGAAGCUGUAGCACCUCUAGCAAUCGAGGAAAAAGAAAUUUAUGAAAAAAUUGACUUUGAUCUUGAAGACUUUGCAAAAGAUAUAUUGGUGCUAGUAAACUUCUACAUGGCACAAAGGACAAGAUAUUGAUGAACAGGUGGAGAUUUCCAUCUCUGUCUCUGCAUGGCAUCGAAGGAGCUUUCUCUGCAAGUGGAGCCAAAACAGUAAUUCCAAGAAAAGUCAUAGGAAAAUUCUCUAUACGACUUGUUCCAGACAUGAACCCUGAUGAUGUGAAAAAACAGGUUGAAGAUUACUUAACCAAGCAAUUUGAAUCACUGGACAGCCCUAAUAAGUUCAAAGUGGUUAUGGGCCAUGGAGGAAAGCCUUGGGUAUCUGACUUUAACCACCCUCACUACCUUGCUGGAAGGAAAGCCAUGAAAACAGUGUUUAAUGUUGAACCAGACUUAACCCGGGAGGGUGGAAGCAUUCCUGUGACUCUCACCUUCCAAGAAGCUACUGGCAAAAAUGUCAUGCUGCUGCCUGUCGGCUCAUCAGAUGAUGGGGCACAUUCUCAGAAUGAAAAACUGAACAGGUAUAAUUACAUCCAGGGUGUCAAACUUCUGGGGGCUUACUUGUACGAGGUGUCUAAAUUGGAAUAG